AUGCCUUCCACCGCCACCAACGUUGCCAUGGCCGGCGUCGGUGCCUUCGCGGCAGCGGGUGCCUUGAGCGGUGCCUUCGUGGCGCCUGCGGGCCAGGUCCAGCGCAGUGAGCCCCAGACGCAGAGGACCAACCUCCGCGCGGCUGGCUAUGGCUCCUCUCAGGCCGCCGGUGUCGGCGGCAUGGCCGGCCUCGGUGCCGUGGCUGGCCUGGCCGCCGCAGGAGUGGCUGGCAAGCGCGCCAGCAAGGGACGCACCUCCCUCCAGGCCGUGGGCGUGGGCAUCAACGGCUUCGGCCGCAUCGGUCGCCAGGUGGCCCGCAUCGCCAUGAAGGAUCCGGAGACCGACUUGAAGUUGAUUAAUGCAAGCUAUGACGCAGACUACUUGGCCUACAUGAUGAAGUACGAUACGAUUCAUGGCAAGUAUGAUGGAACUGUCGAGGUCGAUGGCGACUCCCUGGUCAUUGACGGCCAGACGGUGGCACUGUCCCACACCCGUGACCCUGCAGAGAUUCCCUUCAAAGAGCAUGGUGCAGAGUACGUGUGCGAGUCCACGGGAGUGUUCCUGACCACCGACAAGGUGCAGCCCCACUUGAAGGCCGGUGCCAAGAAGGUGAUCUUCUCCGCUCCUGCCAAGGACGACUCCCACACCAUCGUCAUGGGCGUGAACGAGGACACCUAUGAUCCGUCCAUGGAGUGCGUGUCCUGUGCCUCCUGCACCACCAACGGCCUGGCCCCGGCAGUCCGCGUCCUGCAAGAGAAGUUCGGCAUCAAGCGCGGCCUCAUGACAACCUGCCACGCCAUGACCGCCUCGCAGCCCACCGUGGAUGGCACCUCCAAGAAGGACUGGCGUGGCGGACGUGCCGGCCCGGGCAACAUCAUUCCCAGCUCCACCGGUGCCGCGAAGGCAGUGGCAAAGGUCCUUCCGGCUGUGAAAGGCAAGCUUACCGGCAUGGCCUUGCGCGUGCCGACCAUCGACGUGUCCGUGGUGGACCUCACGUGCGAGCUGGAGAAGGAGACCACCUACGAGGAGAUCUGCGCCGAGAUGAAGAAGCGCUCCGAGGGCGACAUGAAGGGCUACCUGGGCUACACCGACGAGGCCCUGGUGUCCACGGACUUCGAGACCAACCCGAUCUCUUGCACUUUCGACUCCAAGGCUGGCAUCAUGCUGGACCCCACCUUCGUCAAGGUGGUUUGCUGGUACCUGGGGUUCAUUAUGAAUCAGGCAGAAGUUUGGUACGACAACGAGUGGGGCUACUCCUGCCGCGUCGUGGACCUGAUCAAGCACAUGGCCAAGGAGGAUGCCAAGGCGUAA